UGUCUACUUUGACGACGACAAAAAGAGAGGAUAUCCGUACGUCUCGACAUUCGACAACACGAGGGAGGAGCGUUCCAUCCCGAGAUCGUUUUCAUCGUCUGUGCGGCAAAUCAAAAGAUUUUGGGAUAAGAGGAAUAACCGGGCACCGUGUCCCCGAAUAACGUCGAGGGAAUGGAACGGAAAAAAAAGUGGGAAGCGUUCAUGAAUGCCGCCUGCAAAAUGACACCUGAUUCCGGUCUCAUGAACUCGUCCCUGGAGAACGACUACUGCAAGGACUGGACGAACAAGAUGCGCGGAUACAUGAAUCUUGCGCAGUGCGGCGAGACGGUGUGGCCACUGGUAGACAAAUUCUUUGACAUGUACGAGAAAGGACUAUUGCAAAGAAUCGACGGUGUGAGAUACGUCGAUCUGUCGGGGAAAGUGGAAGGGAGGCUGCCUGGGCAAUACUUCCUCAACGACAACUCCGAUAAAAAAGUCUUGUACCACUGCAUCAAGGCCAGAAAGGGGCCGCAAGGCACAACGGUGUCUAUACCGGACUUGACGCCCUCAAUCUUUAAGCUGUUUAGCAAUAUGACAGCGGGAGAAAAGCAAGUGGCGCUGCACCACAUGAUGCGUGGUGAUGUCAUCGUGACAUCACGUACGGUACCUCGUGGUAGAUGCAACAUGGCCGACCUGGUAAAAUAUACUCGGCGUGAGAGAUAUAUGGUCCGUAUGUUCAACUACAUAUUGUUCAAGGUCGAGGGGAGGUCAAAGGAAGAGUGGAACGCUGACUUCUUCAUCAUUUAUACGACCAUCUUGGAAAGGUACAGCAAAAACGGCCUCACUAAUGAGAAAUGGACUGAGGAACGCGACCGCAUCCCUGACGACAAGGCGAGGAAGGUGCCGAGGCGUAUGGGCGGUCCUGAUGAGAUUCAUGGCGGGAACGGUGCGGGGCUGGAGGCAACCCAAGCCAUGUACAAGGAAACCCCGUUCCACCUCAAGUGUUUCAUCUACGAGGUGAUCGAUUGCUUGGACCACUUGAGAGCGGAGGUUAAUCGGAUAUCCUCCAAUGCUCGUCACAUCUUUUGGGAAGUGGGGAAAAGGAUUACCACGAUCCUGCCAUAUGAAAUCGAACCGAAGGGAGUGCUCAUCGACAACGAGGAGGUUGUUGGUACAGCGAGAGGGAUGAAGAUACGGGCAAUCAUUCUUGAUAUGUCAACAUCACAAAAAUGUGUUUCGUGGGAUGAUGACGCAUUUUCCGAACUGCACGCUUUCCUCACGACAUGCUGUGGCGAAAACUGGGUCUUGAUCAUUUUUCCGCCGAUGAAGCACCAGAAACAGGUGAUGCAGAGUGUGUACAAGUGGGACGAUGUUGAGGUGCUCACUGGGUCAUGGUACAGACACUACACACCUUCGACAACCGUGAACAAGUACGACAACAUUGCAGUUCGGUACAUUGAUAUGAUGGCUAUUGUCCUCCACGACCAAAAAGGCAAUUUGAACAAUAUAACGGUUGCGCCGAAAUUGCGAGCCGAAUUGACAAAUUUUAACAUUGAAGAGGGUGAGUUUGUGAGGUGCUCAGGGGAGUGUAUCGGCAUGGAGGGCGACACUGAUGCGGUUUAUUCUUGGAUGGAACGAGAGUCUGCACGUCUCCGUAAGCUAUGCAGCUCAUUCAUCAGGGAGGAUGACGGCGUGAUGCUGCUGGGCAGGGCGCAUGCGGGACUGAUUUGGGAACAGGCUCGCGCCGGACACCACGUGUUCGCUUGUGACGACACGACAAAAGAGCUCACAUACCUUUCCAAGUUUUUGGACUUCUAUGUGAAGGAUCCGAGGAACAGAUGCAGGUUCGAAAAGCCCCAAGUCGAGCACCGCAAGGACCGGGACAUAUACUAUAAGCUUGGUAGAAAGAGGGAGAAAGUGUGGGCUUACUUGUUCGGUGACGCUCCACAGUCGGCGGUUGGUAACGACUACAUCAUCAGGAAAAAACAACUCGAGAUAGCAAUGAACAAGUACCACGGCUCGCACAUGGGUGCUUUCCACAUGUUUGUCGCACGUUGUGAGCAUCUGUAUUUCAAUAUGAAGAAAAGAGCACUGUCAAGCCGGGACUAUGCAGAGUUGGCACGUAAAGCCGGCAACUUCAACAACAUCGAUUGCGACGAAGACACAUCAGAAUCCGACCAGGACAUCCCGUCGCGCGCGGCACGAGGUGCAGUGGCGAGGAGCCACAAGGGAGCACCUACGGACCUGCGGAGAAGGCGAGUUCGAGUAUGGGAGCAACAUGUGCGAAUGAGGGAAAUAUGGAAACAAGAACGACUGGAAGGAGAGAAAGAAAUGGUGUACCAACAAACCCGGUGGGUGCGAGUGAGGGGAUAGUUAACUCACACGGCAACACAGGGGGAGGAGAUAAUGGGUGUGCAAUGGCCCCGCCGACAGCUGGGUCAUCAUCGACACAUGCACCGCAGGCCGAGCAACGAACACUCACGUCC